UAAACUUAAUUAAACCACAUGAUCCUUCUUAAACCUUGUCGUCAAUGCUCUACAUCAUCAAUUCCUAUGCAUAUAUAUAUAUAUAAUAUGCGAGAAAAAUUUAGCUCAACGAACUAACUCUCAAACCUCUCCUUGAUUUCUCUCUCUUUUCUUUUUUCUUUCUCUGCUCUUCUCUCUUGCAGAUAUUCAAACAUGGCGGAAGGGUUACUAACGAGUUCAUUUAUUAUGAAAAGUGGAGUCUCCAUUCAUAGCUUUCAUAGUGAACCGCUUCUGCCAGAUGAGCCAUCAGGGCCUGUCACUGUUAAGCUUAUUUUCAGCAGCGUGGUUGCCGUUCUUGGCUCCUACGUUUAUGGACAUGCCGUCGGAUAUUCAUCGCCGGCUGAGUCUGGAAUCAUUGAAGACCUUGGCCUGACUACUUCCCAGUAUGCAGUUUUUAGCUCAAUAUUGACAAUAGGAGCAAUGUUAGGAGCGGUGAUAAGUGGGAGAAUUGCCGACUUCAUUGGUCGAAGAUGGGCAAUGGGAAUUUCAGAAUUGAUCUGCAUAGCUGGUUGGGUUUUAAUGAUAUUCGCUAAGGAUGCAACAUGGCUAGACUUGGGAAGAUUUAUAUUGGGAUGUGGAAUUGGACUUACUUCUUAUUGCGUUCCCAUAUAUGUUGCAGAAAUUUCUCCUAAGCAUGUUAGAGGAGCUUUCACUGCACUAAAUCCGUUGUUUAUGGGUUUAGGCCAAUCUUUGGCCUUUCUCUUCGGUUCUCUUGUCAACUGGCAAAUCUUGGCCUUUAUAGGAAUUGUUCCAGGAAUAAUACAACUUCCUUGCCUAUUCUUCAUUCCAGAGUCCCCCAGAUGGCUGGCAAAUGUAGGUAAAAUGAAAGAGUUUGAAGAUUCUCUUCAGCGCCUGAGGGGACCGGAUGCUGAUGUUGCGCCAGAAGCCGCUGAAAUCCAAGAAUAUACAGAAUAUCUAAAUCAGAUGUCAGAAGGUGGAUUUUUCAACAUGUUCCAGCGGAAAUAUCUUUAUACACUUGUUGUUGGAGUUGGCCUGAUUUUUUUCCAACGAUUUGGGGGACUUUAUGGUUUUGUGUUCUAUGCAAGCACAAUUUUUAAGGAUGCUGGGUUUCCGAGCAAGAUUGGUACUAUAGCAGCAUCUAUUGUUCAGGUUAUAACAACUGUUUUGGGACUUCUCUUGAUAGACAAGGCUGGAAGGCGACCAAUGUUACUGAUUUCUACAGUGGGAUCUUGCUUGGGUUGUAUCAUUACAGGGUCAGCAUAUCUGUUCAAGGACCUUGGCGCUCAGAGGGAGCUCACUGCCUCUUUGGCUCUUAUUGGUGUAUUGGUGUAUUUGGGACUUCUUCAACUUGGUCUAGGAGGAAUACCCUGGAUUAUAAUGUCAGAGAUUUUUCCGAUAAACAUUAAGGGUCCAGCUGGAAGCCUUGUAGUCCUUGUCAGUUGGUUUGGAUCCUGGGUUGUUUCCUACAGUUUCAGCUAUAUAUUUGAUUGGAGUCAAUCAGGAAUAUUCUUCAUAUAUGGUGGCAUAUGUGCUGUUGGUGUUCUAUUCAUUGCAAAGUUGGUGCCAGAAACCAAGGGUCGAACGUUAGAAGAAAUACAAGAAUCAAUGAUGACUGGUUCCCGUUAAGAAUAACUUACCAAUAAGUUAUACACGAUACAACAACACAUUAGAGAUAAUUGGGAGACAUUGAUGUGUUCUCUAAUGAUCAACAAAAAAAAAAAAAAAAAAAAAAGGCUCUUAGAAUUACGUAUGAUUUUAGCUUUUUGAUUCAGGUGAGAUGGUUUAUUCUUGGAUUGUAUAUAUCCAGCAGUUUCAUUUGUUUUAAUGCAGCUACGGCUCAUAUGAUCACAAUUAAUGAAACCAAUUUUCAGCUUUGUUUAAUUUUUAUAUUUCAA